AAAGAGAGAGAGAGAACGAGAGACAUAUUUUGCGAAUGUGCGAAAGAUAUAUAUAGGCAGAAAGUGAUCGUCAUUUUGUAGUAAACGUGUGUUUACUUCGAGCCAUGUGUGUUUACAUUUUUUUUUCUUUUUUCACCGACUAUCGAGCAAGUGUCGAUUGUUGAAAUGACAAAAGGAUCAAUCAACUGUGAAACGUGUUAGCGUUAGUUGGUGUAAACUUAAACGUUUAAUUCAAGCAGCUAACAAUUUUCAUCAUUAUGAGUGCAUUGUGUUGCAUCGGGUUAUCCAUAGCGUCAAGAAUUAUCGGCACUUAUACAUUGGCUCUCUCGAUACUUAUAAUAAAUGUCUUCAUGAGUCAUUUCUUUAUUGGAAAUCACGAACAUGAUUUCUUUGGAACUGUUGAAUCCUGGGCUCCCAUUGGCUUGCAUUGGGCUCUUGUUUUCAAAUAUUUUCGAUUGGAUAGACAAUCUCAAGUCAUUGCCAUUUGUUCGUAUGCUAUUUUCGUAUAUAGCAUGUUGUUUUUAAUAUCAAGCGCGUAUCUUACGUAUGGAUCGAUCACAAGGAAAUCUAAGUAUGCCGUGCCUUGGUUAUAUAUGCAAAUGGUUAGCAUAAUAGAUCAGUCAACGGCGCUAGGUAUUCAAUUGAUACACGAACGAUACGAUGUUUUCGAUAAAUCGACAUGGUACAUUCCACUCUGUUGCAUUUAUUUACUACUCAAUGCAUAUUUCUGGAUGGUCGUGCAAAGUUCACGCAGAGAAUGGUCCAAAAACAUAGAAAAUCAACAAAUCUCACAAAUAUCUGGAAAUCUUACUGAUGAAGUUACAACUAAAUCACCUUCCUACGUAUCGCUGAGCUUCAUGACAAAUCAAUCUUCUUAUCAACCAUCGAACACUUUACCCUUUUACGAUACCUCUAAUAGCAUGAAAUGAAAUGAACAAGAGAUUAUAUUAUUCAUCAUAUCGAGUCGCCGAACAUCAAUAAAGUUACUCGGUUUGUAGGAUAUGUAAAAAAUUGAAAUCAUCUGAUAAAAAUCGUUUAUGUUUUACGAUAGAAUAAUUUUAUAUUAUGAAGAACGAAAUUAAGAUAAGAACGAAAAUUCCUUUUUUAUAAAGUUCUUCGUUUUUAUAUAUGGUGCUUGAAAUUUGGCGAGUUUCAAAUCGAACGAAUUAACAUGUAUUUAUUUGUAUAAACGUCUUAUUUUGUUUUUUUUUCUUCAUUACUUAUUGAUAAAAUUAAUGAAAGAAAUCGAUGAUCCAUUAUUAUUUUCGUUCAAUUAAUUUCAAAAUGAAAAAUGUUUGUCGAUAAGCGAAGUAGCGAACAACCGAUGUUCCAUUUCUCUCUUUUCCCUUGCAUUUACGAUAGUUUUUGUAAAAUUUUCUAAAGUUAAGACCGCGUAAUAAUCAUUGAUAUUUUUCUUUUCAGUCAAUGGAUUACUUGUAUUUUUUUUCUCUUUCACUCUUUCUCUCUCUCUUCCUUUUUCGUUUUCUUGUACGCAGAAUAGAUCUCCUUCUGGAAAGUAGAAAAGAAAAAUGUAUAAUAAUGCGGGUAAAACGAUAAAUCAAUUGGGAGAUGCGACUAAUAGAGUGUAUCAAGCGGAGCUGUCCCUCGACCCUAGAGGAGAAAGAGAGAGAGAGAGAGAGGGAGAGAACAUUGCUAUGCAUAGAGAAAUAUGAAAAAUGGAUCUCACUUUACGUCGAAAUACUUUUAAACUUAGGCGAUUGAAAUCUCACGCAAGCAUAUUCGAAGUCAUAGUAACAGAACUGCUGGCUACACGCGUGUAUCUCGUAUACUGAACGAGCAAAACUCUUGUCAACUUUUCGUUAUAUACUUAGGAAUAAUAAUCGAGAUGACAAUAGUCGACGGAGGAAGGUUUUUACUUCGAUUUAUGUCGAAUGCUUUCAUUGCUUUGCUACUUUGAUCGUUCAAUCGUCGUAGAUACAUCGAAAUGGAAAUUAUUAUCAUUGAUGUUUACGUGUAUGCGAAUUGAAAGAAAAUGAUCUUCAAAUCUUUAAAAGGAAAAAGAUUAACGUAGUAUUGUAGAUACAUAAGAAUUUUUAUACGUAUGAGAAGGGUAAAAAUACGCAUUCUGAUUGGUCGACUGCAGUACCGCUUUUAAAAAGAACUGAGCGAGUCAAUUUGUAGACUGUCGCAAAGUUUUAAAACACUAGUUGACAGGCGACGGUUCAGGACCCUUAUGUACUAUUCCCCCUUCUACAAGAGACUCCUGAAGGAUUCCACCACCAUCUUUUUCCUCUUAUCCUUCUUCGUUCGAUCUCGAAGCCACGAUACUCACCCCUCCGUAUCGUGGGAAUCGAUGGAUUGUAAAAUAAAACUAACUUGGCUUUUUCGUGGAUCGAAAGCGAAGUACUCGGCGAAAUCUCAUUCUCGCGGGACUCUUUUAUUUCCAUAUACCCCUUUUCAGACACGACCGUAGGGAGUGUCUUACACGAUAACAAUAGAUACGCCUAUAUGUUUUGCAAAAGUGUUAUGUAAAAAUCAAAUAGAAUCGAUUCUCUUCGAUUUUAAAUAUAAAAGUGUUUAUUAUUAAAUGGACGUUAUUUUAACAAUUUUCAAUUUAAAGUAAAAAAUCGACAUUUCCUGCAAUAGUACAUAAGCUAUAUGUAACAUUUUUGUUAUAUUUGAUUGAAGUCAAUUUAUUGUUAUAAUUAAAAAAGGUUUACAUAUACACAUCCAUUUAAAAAACGUCGAACUUUUCUUUGAAAUGAUUAAAAUCGAUCAACGGUGGAAUCAAUCGUAGCUUUGCCCUGAUCUACUCGUGAGAUAAUGUAUAGAUUCGUUAUUAAAUAUUUCAAAAAAGUGCA